AUGACUAGUAACAAAUAUUCUACUUACUUUAGUGAGACUCCGGCAAUAAAUUACAGCUUUAUAGGUUUCUACAAAUACCGCAGUCAGCAACCUGAUUUUUCCUUCUCAUAUCAAAAAGAAUCCCGUAAACUUGCUAGUGACCUCGAAGAGCUAAUAAAAGAUGAUUCAAAAGAAAUUAGAAUGUCUGCAAGGGAGUCAUCUGCGUUUGACUCUCUGACGAUCUGCGUUUCGUCGUAUAUCAUAAGAUUAGGACAUAAAUACCUACCUUAUGCACACAGCUACGGUGGCAUCUGCGUUUGUCCACCUUAUGGUCUGCGUUCCGUUGAUCAUCGUAAAAAAUGUCCUGAAGUUCAAAUUUUUUGGGAUGAAAUAGAAUCAUAUUCUACCAACUCAAAAUUGCAAUUGGAUAAGAUAAAGACUGCACGAACGGUGAUCCGCGGCACUAGAAAUUUGAUCAAUAGCGCCAUCAGUGAAAUUGAUAGCACAUUGAGAACUGAUAAAAGUUCAACCCAUAAUUAUGAAUCGAAUGAAAGAAAGCGUUCAAUUACAUCUAAUAUUCAAGCUCAUAUCGAAGAUAAUGUCCCAGUAGCAAAAAAGCAAAGAGGCUCUGGUAGUGAGAAUGACAAAGGCCAAACAGAUAUAAGUACGGAUGAAAAUUCGGAAUUUAGCUCUACCCCCCUUACAAAUUCUACAAUUGAUGAGGCCGAUGAAUCUGUUAAAAUUAAUGAUAUUGCAAAGAUUGAGGAGCAACUAAAAAAGGUGUCUCGUACUGAGUGGCGUGUGGGAAAUAUUAAUAUAACUCAAAGAUUUCGCCAAUAUCAAUUGAGCGUAGUUAAUAAAGUGAAGAAAGGGUUGUUAAAAUGGGAUGAUACAUAUGAAAUAUUGGCAUUGGCGUCGAUUAUAGUCCUUUCUUCUCCUUGUCCAUAUCCAUAUGAAUAUUUUACAUUCAAUGAAUGGAGCCUUAUAACAGAAACCAAUCCAUAUAAGAUUGAGGAAACUAUUAUACCACCGUCUGUUUCGGCAAAUUUACAUGAAGCAGCAAAAAAGGUUGUGAUUGGAAAAAAUGUUUUUAUGAAUGCAGAAGAAUCAUCUAUCGGGCAAACUGCAGCUAGAAUUUUCAAUGAACUACUGGAUCGUUCGGCUGCUGGUUCCCAGAAGCGACCAGAUUUUUCAUGUAUUGUCAAUAAUAUACCAUUGUUGAACUCUGAAAUAAAGCCGCUUGGGUUUACCCCAUUGCAAAAAAAAAAAGAUUUCGUAAAAGUAAACUUAAGAGCAAAAAAAUCCAUAAACCAACAAUUAAAUUUAAAGGGUGGCCCUAAUAAAUCGGUGGUUUUUACAAAUGCGGGUGACGUAAUUGAAUCUUUUAUUAUGGAUCUGAGCUUUGACGGAAUAUAUUCGUCAUGGCCUUUCUGCAAAAGUAGGCUAGUAAUUGACAAAGCUUCAAUGCCGGUAAUCGAAUCUACCUUCUGCCAUUUCAUAGCAUUAGAGGCGCAAACCAACAAACUAGCAGAAGAUUUCAUAAGCAGAAGAGAUCCAUUUACUCCACCAAAUCAAAUUAUGUAUGGAUUUACACGUGAGAACCCAGACUCUCCAGAAAUUAGGCG